AGGUGAUAAUUCAAUUUUAUACAACUUUAAAUGGGUGAUAAUUCUAUUUUACAAUUCUAUUUUCCAAGGAUAACAGGUGAAUACACUACACCACAAUUUUUCACUACUUAAAAACAGUGUUGAUUGAAUAAUGAAGGAAUUCAGAGUCCUGGCUCUACUGUCCACAGGGCUAUGAAGGACACUUUUUUUAUUAUUAUUUUUUGCCCAAGACCUUUAUAAAAGUAUAGUCCAAAUGUGCCACAUCAAUUAAAAUUAUGUUCUGACAAAACAAGUAGAGAAUGAAAAGUGCUUUGAUUAUACUUAUCCAGAGAUAACAGAGUUUCUAAUGUUUUCUAAUAGGUUGGUGUGGGGGACAGUUGUUGGUGUGGGUUGUUUUUUUGUUUGUUUGUUUGGUUCUUUGUUUUUGUUUGUUUGAUUGAUUUCAUUUAGUUUUUUAAUAGUGGAGGAGAGAUAUACUAUUACAUUGUUAUACAUUCCAGAAGAUUAUUUAUUGUGACAAAGACAAGUAACACAAUAAUUUACCUUUUCUGUAGUUUCUCAAAAGUUCAUAUCUAAGUGCAAUGGAAAUAGGUAAAGUAAGAUGAAAGGGGAAAAAUAUCAUUCAGACUUUUUCUCACUGAAGUCAGUUUAUUUUUAAAUAAAAUUCAACAGGUCUUUUCUAAAUUAUAUGACUGUGAGUAUGGCGAAAGCAGUCCGCAGAAUUCUCAUAUGCAGGGACUACACAUGAAUAAAACCACUGACUUACUAUAAAUAAAGACGAAAUAUUCAUCAGAAAUAUUGUGGGUUUCAUAUAUAAGUACUGUAUUGGGACAUUAUACUGUCACCAUAGACACAGAUUCCUUGUCAAUACCAGAGUACCUACAAUCUAUCCAUUUUCUUAUUUUUCAGAAAAGAAAACAUAAUGCAGACCUUUGUAAAUGUGUUUCUGGGAUUUUUUAUCUUUGAGUCUGUUGGAGCUGCCCCUAUAAGUGAUACCAUAAUUUAUGAUUCUGAGUUCUAUGACAUACCACUUGGAGAGCUGCCUCAUCCACUUGCCUAUGAUGAAAACAAGCAGUCUGACCAAAUAGAGACAGAUAUUGGGACAGAACUACCUUCUGUAAUUCAAGAGAGUUAUUCUUCUGCACCAUUGACAGAGGACACUGAGGAUGAAGCAUCAACGCCAAAAUUAAUUGACGGGUCCUCAGCACAGGGGUCAGGGGUUCUUGGACCCCAGACUCAAGACGGUCUUCCCACUUGCCUCUUGUGUACUUGCCUAGGGACCACAGUCUACUGUGACGAUCGUGAGCUUGAUGCUGUUCCACCAUUGCCUAAGAAAACCACGUAUUUCUAUUCACGCUAUAACAGAAUCAGGAAGAUCAGCAGAAAUGACUUUGCUAACUUAAACCAUUUAAAGAGGAUUGAUUUGACUGCAAACUUCAUAUCAGAUAUCCACAAGGAUGCUUUCCGAAGAUUGCCCCAACUUCAGGAGCUGGUGCUCCGUGAUAAUAGGAUAAGGCAACUCCCUGAGUUACCGUCUACCUUAACGUUCAUUGAUGUUAGUAAGAACAGGCUUGGUCGCAGAGGGAUACCAAAUGAGGCAUUUAAAAAUCUGGAUGAACUGCAGCAUCUUUAUAUCACUGACAAUAACUUGGAUCAUAUUCCAUUGCCACUCCCUGAAAACCUCCAAGCUCUUCAUCUUCAGAACAACAACAUUCAAGAGAUGCAUGAAGAUACUUUCUGCAAAAUGAGAGAUUUUACUUAUGUGCGUAGGGCUCUUGAAGACAUCAGACUGGAUGGUAAUCCCAUCAACCUGAGCAAAACACCUUAUGCAUACAUGUGUCUACCCCGUUUGCCAGUUGGUAACCUCAUCUAAGCUUUGACAGCAGCCAAGACUGUCAUGUGCUGUAAGAAUCUCUGAAGACAAAUCAUUAAGUCACUGCUACAAUAACCUAGAUGAAUUUUCACAAAUAUCAUUGAUUUGGGAAAAAUUUCUGUUAAUAUUGGAAUUGAUUACUGAGAUACUGAGAAGAUUAUGAAAUGCUAAAAGACAAAUUCAUUCAUUAUCUAUCCAGCUGCAAGUUAUUUAGCAGUAUCAAGAAAAAUACUACAAAAAAAUGCAAAUACCAAAUUUUUGGUGAUUUUAGAUCUAAUGUAUGAAUUCUAAAGUUAAAUAAUUUUACAUAUAAAUUCUAACUAUUACAUGGUAAAUAAAGAAAUAAAAAGAAAAUAUGUGUACACAAUAGAUUAUUUAUUGGGUUUUAUCUUAAUUAAAUAUUAUUCUUUCAAGUCUCAAGUAUCAGAUUACUCUCCCAUAACCUAUCUAUAUUUUUGCAGCAAUAAUUUGUCUUUGUAAUGGUAAUGAGACCCAAAGCUGUUUUCUGUAUCUCUGAUAAACUUGCCUGACAGAUUAUGGGGUAAUAAAAAUCUCACAUAAUAUAACCUAUUUGAGAAAUAGAUUUUAUUCUGCAUAGAAAAUGGGAAAAAAAAAAAACCCAAAAAACAACACCUCCCUUUGUCAUAUUUACAUAGACAAAAUUUUGCAGUUCCAUACACUAAGGACCAAGAUUCAGAGACCAAAGUCACAAAUCACCUUGUGGAGCUCAAUUUCUAAUGUCUUGAUUCACAAAAAUAAUAAUCUCUGCUUUACUGUUUAACAGGCUUUCCAGGUAAAGAUUAGAAAUUUUCCCUCUUGGGAUAGUUUGAAUAACUCUCCUCCUUUAGUGGAGGAGCUUUAAUACAUUUUUUUCUAGAGAGAAAGCCCCCAGGAAAGAUCCACUAGAUACAACAUAGGUACCUGCUCAUUCAUUCAAUGGUGACAAGCAGCAAAUAACUUCAAAGAAAAAGGGUUGAUGAAGGACUUUGGCAAAAAAAAAAAAAAUCCCUUUAAACAUAACAAAUCAACCUAGACAAUCUGGAUUUGUUCAAUAUCUAAGUUCCUUUCAUCCAGCUGAACAUAUAUGCUCAUUUAAAACGAAAAUUAUAAGUUUAUGUUGGGCCAGACAAUGGAAACUGUUCAGAGAGCUCACUCUUCACCCCCACUGCCAAUUUCUAGAAGUGAACACACUGAGAACAUCAGAUAGACUAAAGCUGGCAUGGUUUGAGCUGGGAGGAAGGAGGCGAGGUGAGGUAAUGGCAGGAUAUGAUGAAGCAAGAGAGGAAGUAAACAGUGUGUACUGAGCAGAGACAGAUCAUUCUUGUUCUCUUCUGUCUUGCUCAAAGGCAGAGGGAGAGCAGCAAAAUUCCAAAAGUCUUAGACCCUAGCUGCAUUUAAUUUUAUUGUCAAGCAAUUCUUCCUUUCCAUCCAGCUGCCACCUUUCAUGCCAUCAUCAGCUCGUCACAUUCCCAGCAGAACACAUGCUCUGGGAAAGAUAAAAAAUCCCAGGUUGAGGAAGAGGUGAGGGAGAGCACUAAAGCCCCUUCCAUAGUUGCUGCAGUAGGUUGAAUCUGCCCUGAGCUCUUGCACAGAGGUCAAACUCCACAUCAUAGUGAUGUAUUUGCUGCCCAUACCACAUCCAUUUCAGGAAAGAUGCAAUUCUGUUGGAGAUGGCAAAACUUGCUAAUCAUGAAGAAUAUGGCGCACCUCAAUUUUACAAAGGAUUUUACAAAGGAUGUUUAGAUGUCUGGUCUCCAGGACUAUUUUAUAGUGCAAACCUGCAAUAUCAAGACUGUUUUGCAAGAUAAUCUCAGAUCAAGGAGCAAGAAAAGGGUAUACUGUAAAUAAAAAACAACUAUUGUGCUCCAGAAGUCAAGAAAUACUAAAUGGAAUAUAAUCUCUCUAAACUUUGCCUUGGAAGAAACCUCCAAAAUCACAGACCAGAGCUCCCUCUCUCGUGUAAUGGUCACCUGUACUAAUCUAAUGCAGACCUUAUUCAGUUGUGAAAAUCUACCCAGGGAGUUCACAGGUUUUGUGCCUAUAUUUUCCUUUUUUCUCUGUGUGUGUGUGUGUGCGCUUUCCCUUACCACACUAGAGUGUUAUCAGAGGUAAUACAGUUGCUGCUCUUCCCACUUCAGAUAACAGUUCAGAGGUUAGCAGCAAUGCCAAGUUUACAUGUUUAAAUCAUGUAUGGGCCAAUCUGCUACAGCUUUCUACUAUUCCUGCCCGGACACAUACCAAAGUCAUAGAAGUGAACAGAGCCCUGUCUCUUCAGGGGUAAUUUCUGCCACUUGGCCUCUGCUGGGAAUACAAAAACUCCUAUUAGUGAAUCACAAAAGUAAAACUAGUGCUGAUUUUAAAAGAAAAGAUU